AUGAGACGGCAAUGGUGUCCCGCGGAGUGUAAUCCUGGCGCUGGGUGUGCGACUACGACAGAGACGCUAGUUACGAAGAAGAGAAAUAGAACACACUCAUCGGACGACUCCUUAGAGACAGGGGAUUCUUUUUCCUGUGGAAAAAGAGCAGUUCUUUGUCUCUUCGGUGGUCACGAACGGCCAUAUCAGAGGCAUAUGUGAUGUGACGAGUGUGAGAGUAUUUUUCUCCUUCAUACUAGUGGAUCCGCUCGCCUACGAAAUCCGAUUUGCUACGAGUGUACAUUUCCACAAGUUCGGGAUGGAUGUCAGCACUACAGAGGUGAACGAUCAGAUUGUCUACCCGAAAGCGAAGGCGAAUACAUACAAGCUCUCCGACUUGCUGCGCAUGGCUAACUCUAUGGAGAUGUUGCCAGCAUUACAGAGACCAGUAGAUUUCUAAGCAGUCAGUAUAAAAAUUUGUUGUAGAAGAUGCUGAAAAGCUACAUAAGAGGUACCAUGACAUGACAUGACAAUCCACUAAGCAUGUACCUGUUCGUACCGUAGAUAACUACUAACUAGUUGUAGGUACUAGUUUUCCUUUAAACGACGAGGCAGGAAGUAGCAUGAUUGUGCAUCCACGAGCAUUCUAGUCGACAAGAACCCCCCUUUACAUUUUCAUCUUCCUGAAAGUCGAGGACAUCCAGAAGAAUGGUGCGGUGGUGCUGGUAUCCCUAGUAUUCAACUGCGAAAUGGAUGAGGAAGCCUGUGUAAGCAGUCUCGAAAGCGUAAAUGUGGAUACCAAAACCGGAUUCAAUUACGCUAAGCCACUGUAUUACAGUGAAGGACUAUGGGAAAGAUUUACACCACUUACAUUUAGUACUAGUUCUACAUGAUUUGCUAUCGACUUGAACCAAGGCUGAUGUAUAUUUGCGCGUGCUUAUGCCAUUGACUUGAACUCAGUCUGAUGUACAUUACUUGAACGUACUUUCGUUCUUUUUUCAUUCAAAUUUACCGGUCGUGCAUAGAAGCUGUUCUCUUCUUCUAUUCUAGAGUCGGGUGGGACAUUAUCAAACAACAAGUGGAGAAUCUACUUCGUCACACACUUUCAUGCUAUGGCGUAGAGCGACGCGACCUAGUGCGAACUUUCGGCGUCCGCGUGGUGCUCCAGGCAAUUGGUGAUGUUAGGGUACAACAUUGUAUUUCUUCUAUAACUGGCCAUAAAAACCAGGCAUAAAACUUACAACUUUUCUCGAACACUUCUCCACUGAGAGACCUUCUAUCGCAUAGGUAGUUUUUUUACAGCUUCGCCAUGAACCUCUUUCAUAGUAAGCGCAAAGAUGAAGCGCUAUCAAAACCAAUCCCCCCUUGAUGAGUUUUUCGAUGAUUGUGUUGCAAGUCUCCCCCCCUUCUAUCUUUCAUAAGAAGUGCCAAGAUGAGUUUUUCGAUGAUUGUGUUGCAAGUCUCAUCGGCUAUCGCUUUGCUGGCCGUGGCGAGGACCGCAGCAGAUUUUUUCCUCGAGCAUGUGGUACCGGAGAGACGUCACUAUAUCGAACAGAAAGUCCUGCAGCCGACCUUCAAGAAUCCAUCGGAUGUGUAGAGGGAGUUCUGCAGCUGACAUUCAAGAAUCCAUCGGAUGUGCAGAGGGAUACCUUAGAAGGUGUCUGGAUAGACGUGUGACGGAGAUGUUGUCUAGAGGAAUCUAAAUGUAGCAAGGUUUUCUUUUCACAUUCAUAGAGUCAACAUUUUUUUUAGCUGUUAAUUAUAGAAGUCAGGAGGAUGAAUCUAUGACACUACUCUAGGGGAGCCAAUCACUUCAACGUACUGGGCUAAGCCCAAGGCGACUACUUGAAGACAUCAGUCAAAAAUGUCGCGACUGGGAGGUCUAAAUCGCAAACUAUAAGAGAUAUAAACUCGCAAACUUUUCACAAUGAAUACUUUUUGCUUGAAAGACAGAGCUUCAUGUGGAAGCAGAAACUGCUUCGGCAUGCUGAAG